CACCCAUUCCAGCACGUACUCUUAGACAAGACCGGCAAGUAUUUUUUUGCUGCGGCAAUCAAUUCGGUCUUCCUUUUCAAACUUUCCGGAAGUGAGAGUGGUGAUGCCAAGCUACUUGGCUCCUGGACUGACGAGGAGAAAUUAAAGAAGGAGACCGAAGAGACAAACGAUACCGUGAAUGAAAAUAAGAAGAGAAAAUUGGAUCUGGAAAUUCCAGAGGAGCAGAUACCUACUUCGACGAAACAAAUCAUGAACAAAAAGCCAAAACUCCCAUUACCAGGACCAGGGGCACCGCCAACUUAUACGUAUAUCAGAGACAUGUGUUUGUCACGUAACAACAAAUACUUGAUUGUCACUACCGACAAUGACAAGGCAGUGGUCGUGUUUGAGAUUGACUACAGCAAUACCGAUGGGGAUGUUUUCAAGAUUAUUAAGCGCCAGCCAAUGUCCAAGCGCCCUUCUGCAGUAUGCACAUCCAUGGAUGAUUCUGCAAUCAUAAUUGCCGAUAAAUUUGGUGAUGUUUAUUCAAUCCCAAUGACUGACCCAACAGUUGUUGAUGAUAGCAAACUGAAACCAAUUUUGGGCCAUGUUUCCAUGCUCACCUGUGUGCAGAAUGCCGUUGAUGAAAACAACAAGGAGGUUAUUAUGACUGCCGAUAGAGAUGAACAUAUACGUAUUUCCUACUUCCCCAAAUCAUAUGUCAUCAAAAAGGUUUUGUUUGGUCACAGAGAGUUCAUUUCGUGCUUUGUGCUCCCUAACUGGUGUGAUGGAAAAGUGUUGGUCAGUGCUGGUGGUGACCCAUACAUCUGUACUUGGCUAUGGCAAAGCACGGGCGAGCUAAAGGAGUUGAAGAGUAAGGUGUCUGUCGAAUCUUUAGUUAAAGAUAAAUUGAACGAAAAGCACUUGGCCCCUGAAAAGUUCCAAAAUGAAGCAGGAGAUUUGGUAGAGUUCUGUAUUUCAAAAAUAAUUCCUUUGAACAAAACUCAGCAGAUUGCUGUCAUUUUCGAAAAAAUCCCAUCUUUGUUUGUUUUCGACUUAACUAAAGAAGGUGAUCUCACAUUUGCCAAGGAAUACAGUGUACAUUCUGAUAUAAUCACAGCUACAGCCUCGAAUGAUCAGUUGAUAUGCAGCUUUGAC